AUGUCAAUAACAAUUAGUAAUGUAUUUGGUUUACUUGGACAUACAAUUGGUUCACAUCCAAUUUUGUUUAUAUUUUUAUCGCUUUCAUUUUUCAGUGUAUCACUUCUUGGACCAUUACUGCGAUUAGAUAUAAGAGUGGAUAUUAAAUCAGGUUUUAGUCGCAGUGAUACUGCCUCAAUCCAAGAAAUCAAUGCUCAUAAACGUUUCUUCAAUAACACGGGUGAUCCAUGGUAUAUGGCAUUAUUUGCAACAGUUAAUAAUGGAUCAAUCUUAGAAACAGCAAAAAUUGAUGAAUUAACCACAUUUUAUAAGUAUAUUACUCAAACAAUGCCAGUAAAUGUUGACAAAUCAACCGUACAUUAUCGAAAUGAUUUGUGUGAACCAUUUUGUAAUUUUAAUUCACAGCUUUGGAAUCUUUUGAAUUAUCAAUCAUUUUUCAAAAUUUUUUAUCCAUUAUCAACAGUUGGACCAUAUAAAGUGAACAUUGGUCGGCAUCUCUUUAAUCGUACUAUCGAUGAACAAG